ACUAAUUUCUUCCUCUACCCCCAGGCCAUCGCUUGCAUAUUAGUGCAAUGCGCCCUCACUCAAAACUACGAUAAGGAGAAUCGCCGCCUUAUUCUGCAAAUUAAAGACCAAAAAACGACCAAUCAACAAUACUAUUCGUCAAAUUUUGAUACCAAUGCUUACCGUUAUGGCUAUGAUAUCGGUAAGACGGGCAACUUUCAUCACGAGACCCGCGGUCCCGAUGGCGUUACCUAUGGUUGUUAUGGUUACGUUGAUCCCAAUCACGUAUUACGUGCAACACAUUAUGUUGCCGAUACACACGGUUAUCGUACCGUUGAACCAAAGAAACCGGUCGAGGUGUAUCCGGUGUAUGGCGAGGGGGGCCAUGGUGUGAUUUUGCAAUGGGAUGAGCUAUACUUCCCCAUUGGCUGCGGCAAGUUCGAGGGUGGCGCACGACCAGAAUUUCCAGUAUUACAUUUCGGUGAUAAGAGUAAGCCCAGUGGUUUUACGCCAGGCUUCUCACUUUCUAACGCAGCAGGCGUACAAAAAGGUUCAGCCAUACUCAGUCAAUCACGUUAUGCCGAUCGUGAGCGCAUACCAGCACCUUCAGCGCAUGUUGUGGCCACUGUGCGACCCGGCACCAAUGGUCCUUAUCCUGGUGAUAAUGGCGGCGGUAAAUAUUAUGGUGGUAAUGGACAAUAUAAUAGCGGCAGCGGUCCAAAUAUUCCUGCCACCGGCCCAAAUAUUGCUGGUAUCGAACCAUAUGAUAGUGGAAGUGGCCAAUACAAUGGCGAGAACGGCCAGAAUAAUGGUGGAAAUGCACCAUAUAGCGGCGGAAACAGUGACAAAUAUGGAGGCGGCCAAUAUCCUAGUGGUUCGUCGGGCUCAGGUGGCCAAUAUCCUAGCGGAUCGUCGGGCUCAGGUAGCCAAUAUCCUAGCGGAUCGUCGAGCUCAGGUGGCCAAUAUCCUAGCGGUACGUCGAGCUCAGGUAGUAAAUAUCCUAGUGGUUCGUCGAGUUCAGAUGGUAAAUAUCCUAGCGGAUCGUCGAGUUCAGAUGGUAAAUAUCCCAGCGGAUCAUCGAGUUCAGGUGGCCAAUAUCCUAGCGGAUCAUCGAUUUCAGGUGGCCAAUAUACUGGCGGAUCGUCGAACUUAGGUGGCCAAUAUCCCAGCGGAUCGUCGGGCUUAGGUGGAGGCGCAGGCGCUGAUGGCAGAGGCAAGGAUAAUGGAGGCAGAGGAAGCGGCGGUGGAGCCGCUGGCAGCGGAGAUGGCGGUAGAGGAGGAGCUUACAGGCCCGGACCGCUUGGAGGAGUAGGUCCGGGCGGCCCAGGAGGGCCGGAUGCAUUGGCAUACGUACACACCGGCUCUCCUGGGGGUCCGGAUGGAGCAGGUUAGCUUGCACAAGUAUGAAACUAUCAAAGCUGUGAAGCAAGAAAUAGGGAAAAGUAGGCUAUAAAUUUGUACUGGUUAUAAGUAUAGGUUGAAGUAGAAGAAGGAUAGGUAAGGAUAGGCGAGAUAGGGGAAGGCUAUAUGCGUAAUCAUGUUUCUGCUGCUUUCACAGCGUUGAAUUUGUUUUGUGUAUAU